AUGGUUAUCAGUGGAGGAGCUGACAAUGGUGAAGUUCUUCCUGACUCCAUCCCAUCUGCCCCUGGAACGCUGCCUCAUUUCAUAGAGGAGCCUGAAGAUGCAUACAUCAUCAAGAGCAAUCCUAUUGCCCUCAGGUGCAAAGCAAGGCCAGCCAUGCAGAUCUUCUUCAAAUGCAAUGGGGAGUGGGUCCAUCAGAAUGAGCAUGUCUCUGAGGAAAGCCUGGAUGAGAGUUCAGGCUUGAAGGUUCGGGAAGUGUUUAUCAAUGUCACCAGGCAGCAGGUGGAGGACUUCCAUGGGCCAGAAGACUACUGGUGCCAGUGUGUAGCAUGGAGCCACCUAGGAACUUCCAAGAGCAGGAAAGCUUCUGUGCGCAUAGCCUAUUUACGGAAAAACUUUGAACAAGAUCCACAAGGCAGGGAGGUUCCUAUUGAAGGCAUGAUUGUACUGCAUUGCCGCCCGCCAGAGGGAGUCCCCGCAGCAGAGGUCACCCAGCUUUGGAUAGUGACUGUGGAUCACAUUUGA